AUGUCACUGAGCCGAGGCAUCCACAGUCAGGUAGCUUACUACGGACACCUGAACUCCUGCACGGUCAUCGGUCAACCUUCACCGGAUUCCUCCUUCUUCGAGUUUGAACCGGUCGUAUCUAGUCUACCCAGUUCGACGGUCACUGUAGGCCUGGGCCUGGCCGUAUCGUCCGCAUCCGACGUCUUUGGCAGCUACAAGUCCGCAUUACCGAAAUACUCCGUUUCCAACUCCUCUUCAGCUUCGACCUCGUGGUGCAAUCACCAGGAGACUUUAAUUGGCUGUAAUUCCGCCGGACGACAGGAACGUUACUUAUGCUCACGGAACGCAUGCCCCUCCUCGCAGAAGAACAGUUAUGAUGGCACUCCGACGUCUGCGCCACCGCAGACCGCUUGGCUCAAUCAUGUGAGUCACGGUAAAAGUUAAAAGUUCGAAAUUGAUCGACAUCCACGAGCCAGGUGAGCUGCCCAUCGAUACAAUGAGAACCAGUGUUCAUUAGCACGUAGUCCACCCUCGGUCUACGAAUAUUCCCAUCACAUACAUAAAUGAACUCCAGGUCUUGGCUAAUAGGCUAGUAAGCAUUUUAGGGCACCGAUGGGGUGGACUUGCAAAACUUGCUAACAUGUUUCAAUCUUAAGCUCUCAAAAUAAACAGAGUUCUAAGAGGUAAGCGUGCAUCUCCGCGGUAUGUUGACUGCAACACCGUUGGACCCAGACCUCACCCCCUGGGCACUACCUCAGUAAUUCCGUUCACUGAACUGUCGCAUCAGCAGUUAGUUUUUCUGAAGAGACUGAUUUCACAACAUUAAAAAGAAUUCGCAUUCCUUUCUGAGCAAAAAGUUGCUGGAACACUUCAAUCAGGGGACCACCCAGCCUUAUCUCAUAAUCAUUAGGGCGAUAGAUACAAGUGCCUUCUGAAGUGGUCUUAGCUUCUGACCGAUGUGUUGAAAUAUACCCAUGAUCAUUGACGACAACAUUCUUUUGAUAUCGUCAUGUAAUUGUAUACGUCAGCUUUAGCUCUUAGCGUCUCAUAGUGGCCUCUUCAAGCAACUGACUUUUAACCCCCGCAUGCAAUGUUGUCAGGACCCAUUCGCUUAUUGGGUACGUCACCUGAAGGCCUGUUUAACAGCAAGCAUGCAGAACUGUUUGUGGCUUACAGACUCUCGGACCCCUCUUCAUGUAAACAGUAAUAGCUACCCCAAACGAAGCUAAAGACUUUAUUAGGAUAUAGCAGAAAAAGGAUCGGAUUUUAACCUGCAUCUCAGCUGAAGCAAUAUACCUAAAAGACUUUUGUAGGUAGUCUGCUGUAACUGCUGGUCUUGAUGUCUCGUGAAAGCCAUCUGUUCGGAAUCCGUUGCUAGAUAGGCAUGUUUAGUAAAUUUGAGCGAAAGGUACGCUGGCGUAUUAUGUCCGUACCACUUGCGAGAAAGCUUGAUUUUUUCCCACCGUCAUACAAGGCCUCGCAACCGAAAAUUGGCCAAGGGGGGCCUGAGCAGGUGAAUAGAAUGUCCAUCGAUCCUAAUAUCGUACGAAACAUGUUCAUGCCCUUGUGUCGUAGAACUCAGAUAUAGAGCACUGCCAGACAAUAAUGCAUCCAAUCUAUUGCACCCAGUUUCGGGCAGACACCGACUGCAUUUCCUUAGCUACGAAUUUCGCAUCGGCGGUUGCCGUCAACGUGAAACUGCAUGAGUACUAAUCACAGAAACAUCGCCUUAGAACCUCGUUCAAGCUGGCUGUUUAGAAGUGUCAGCAAUAAAAUUUGGCAACGUCGUGUUUUCGCAAACUGGCUUAGAGCAUGGAAAUCAGAUUUAUGAGGAGACCGAACCUGCUUGGCGAUCUCGUCGCAGCAACUACAAAGCCUUUUGUCCUAACUGUCUUUAUUUGAAGACGGUCGCGAUUCUGGCAUCUGACGAGUGGGUUGUGUUUGCGUGUCAUGCCGAAAAACUUCUGGUAUAUCUUUUGCUUCUAGUACACUACCUUUUUGCCCUGAAAAUGAAUGUGCGCCAUCCAGAAGUAUAGCCUAAUUGGUUUCAUUCAAACUCAACGACUAGAGUUCUCAUAAACGCGAUCGCUGGAGAAAUUCUGAUCCAGGGCAUGUUUCCCCACAGAUAACGCAAAAAUAGGGGACGACGGCCGACAAAUGACUGUACAGAUUAAUUAACAAGCCUUUUCUAGUACUUCAAUAUGCUUUGAAAGAGGACAUGACUUUAAAGAGGCAUUUACAACGUUGCAAGGAUAAAAUCGAGGCAAAAUGGGGUGAGCUGCUUCGAAAUACUAGCAGAAAUAAAUCCCUCGAUUGAAUGCUCUAACUAAUGGCCUAUUUCGCAUUACCAGUUGACAAUUGCCUUCCCGUCUGAUAUUAAAUUAUUGGUAAACCAAAUCGAAUUUUCGAAGAUACUUCGACGGUCGUCCCGUUUGCAAAGGCAAAUAUAACAGCAAAAUAACGCUUCGUGCACAGCAGAGCACUGAUCCUUUACUUAAAACUUGUAAAGUCAAAUGCCGGAUGCUGUUUCUCCUUAGUUGUCCGACCUAUAGGUUCACUCGAUUCUUUUCCUCGCGAGAAAUAAUAAACCGUUCUUUAUUUUACAGCGGUUCGAAAGGGUUAUGUGAGAUUUGGAAGCUCAUUAUUGUUUGACUUAAGGACGUCCCACUGUGUGCGAAAUAUUCAAGUUAUGAAAUGGAGUACAUGCGUCAGUUGGUCUCCCACGUCUUUGCAGUGCUCAAAACAUGCUAAUUUCCAAGUUAUUAGUUUGGGUUUUUGAAAACUCAUGUAUAUGUAUGCAUAUAUAAGGUAAGGACGGUAGAACCUAUUUGCCUAUCAAAAAAAGUUCCCAAUACAAUCGACCACAUUAAUUUACUUGCUUCCAGCGUAUUACUAAAUAAUGUGUUUCAGUAUUUUCGAUUGGAAAGAGUUAUUUUGAAUGAACGGGAAGAAGAUAUUGUUCUUGUUUUGAAGAAAAAUGUUUGUUGCGAAUGUACUGAAUCUCGCGGACAUGGAUAUACAAUCAAUUUACAAAUUCACAUGUACAUAUGUACAUGCUUUAGUUCCCAAUGAUUAACUAGCCUGAGGUACUUAAUUCUGGGUAUUUCCGACCCAUAACUUAAAGACGGCUGACAGAUCACGUAAUUUGGCCAGAAAUGGUCAUUGCAGCCUCCCUCCACUUCUUUGGUAGCAGUAAGGCACGGAACUCGGACCUUCCGUAUCAAGGUGGCCUUUCGCCAACGUCCACAGCCAUUAGGGCUUGUGCUUGGCUUAGGACUUGGGUGAGGAUUAGCGUUAGUGUAAGGGUUAGGAUGGUUAGGGCUAGGCUUAUGAAGGUUACUGUUGGGGCUUAAGUUAGAGCGUGAGAAUAGAUGGAUUCCUUGAAGUUAAUCCAAAGCCACCUGCAGUACGGGCCGUCCGCAUUCUCGUGUCAAAGUCUGUUAUGCAGAAAGAGCUAACGAAGGACAAUUUCCCUAGUUCGCCUGUAGGAAGUUGUGUCUUCUUGAACUUCGACAACUGAAACCGUAGAAUGAUUCGCCAAUCAGAUUUUGUCUAACCCAGGUCUAAUGUAAGCAUGAAGCAGGCUGUUUCCUGCUUGGGCAAUACACGAAUUUGUCGAAACAGCGCGAGCUGAAUUUGUUCAAAACUCAAUCGUUGGCCUCUUUGAAAUCCUACUUUCUGAUCAGCAAUGACUGUGUCAGUGCGUAUUCUCUGACUGACGUCGAUAUUUUGCCUCAAUUAAGAUUGGAAGUGAAGUAGCUUCAUUAUCUGAUCGCAUGGCCAGCGAUUUCCUAGCCCUGGUACAUACUGUAAGUGCAGGUGAACCGUGGAAUGCAUAGAGAGAAUAGACUGAAGGCCGGAAGACUGGAAAAUAAACCUUUCCUCCCCUUAUCCUCCCCGAAGGUAGUUGGUGCCCGUUAAAUCUUUUAUGAAAAUCUUUUCGAACUAACUGAAAUUCGUUUCGAUAAAUAUCUGCGCUGCCACGGGGCAGAGAUUUUUUUUCGUAACGCCACACUUGCUUGGCAAGAGCGUAAAGUUUAAGACAGGGCACAUUGCUGAAGGCUAAGUGCAUUACGUUAGAAUGUCGCCCAACGAGCCACGCGGAUGGACCACUGUUCGAUAAGAAAACCGACAGGAUGGAGUUGACAAUUGGAGAAAUCUGCAGCUAAGCUGAGCUAGAAAGCAUACGGGGGCUUUUUACUUUUGCUUUUGUCUUUAAACACAUGCGGGUCGCUUUCUUGGAGGAAAAAGAUUAGAGAAAGUAGGACUCUGGCUGAUUACUGCGGAUAGUCGUGAAACGAUUAAGACGAAAGACAGCAAGACCUCCGACGUGUAGGAACAUAUCGUUACACAUACGCGCUUUUCAACUUUUCGGUUCCUCUUGGAACUGUUUUACUUUCGCCAGAAGUUGUUUUCGCAGCACUCUAUCCAAAGCACAAAUGCAGUAAUGUCUAAGGAGAUUACAUACGUGUACAGAAGCGCAAUUUAUAUAUUCACCUGCAUUAAUAUCUGACGCAAUUUAGCAUGCAAACGCUCAGAUACGAAACCACGGAUGUUCAUAUGGCGAAGACACAGUGUCACAGAAGCCGAGAGAUUAAAUUAGCUAAAUUCUCUGGUUUAAUAAACUUCCAUACGUAAUACGCCCUGUCAUUAGUUAAGUAGGAACAGAAGGCAGUUGCAGUGUUGUUUUUGAGCAAACAUUACAAACUUCUUCCAUUUUCUUAAGAUGUACUAUCGUGUAACUCUUGAAUGACUAGCAGUCUUUAUAAACAAUAUUUCUGACUGCAACCACGCGGAAACAAAUACGAUGACAAAUUUCCAGACCAUUUAGCACACCGCAAAACGACUUUGUGCGAAGAACAAAUGCAUUAGCAUAUAUGCGAAGAACAUCAGCAUAUGUCUAAUUUUCAAAACGUUAUCACAAUCAUCGAAUUUAAAUUGCUACUUUUAAUGCGUGGCAGCGGGGGGGGGAAUGAGCAAAUUUAGAGGACCCUAACUUAGUUAACAUGAGCGCUGAGUCCAUAGCAACAUAAAUAUAGAUCCUUCUUUUGUGAGAUUCUGAGCACAAACAAUGUGAAGCAAUCCCUUUUACUAGUUUUAUCGUUUAGGCCCGAGACGUAGGUGGUUCUUCAAUAAGCAGACACUGAAGAUGAAGGACAAUGAGAGGAACUGUUUCAAAUCUCGCAAGUGUGUAGAUUCACGCCACCUAGGUCAUGCUGCUGUAUGUGGGAUCCAUCCGACCUUGAUUGGUGCCUCUAAAAGUGUCUUUUUAAGCGCAUCUUUCUUUGACAAUGACUUUGAGGAACUCGGUCAGCUCCGUACUCAUGGGAUGGGCAACGAAUUAACGUUCGCAGACCGUCUAGGCCGUCAUUUUGAGACGGUCACGCAUGUAAUCGCGAUGUUGUUGCGGUGGAUGAGAACAGACUCUGUUCAGACAAAGUUGUCGUGCUUUAUCUGAAGGCUUCUUUUUUCGAGCAUCCUUGGUCGAGGAGCUCCACUUUUAACCCAUCCACUACUUGUUCGCCGUUUAAUAUGGCACCACACUGAAUAGUUUACAGUAGGUGUGCUAACUCAUGAAAUGCUGACCGGAAUUCUGAAAUGCGCUUUCGAUUCAAAAGAUUAUUUAAGUAGGGUUGUUAUACUAAUCAUUAUGCGCAAUAAUCCCAUGGUAUUUCAGCUACUUCGGGACGCCAGCUUUUGAAAGAACCUCCAGGCCGCCCGCAAAAAGAACAUUCCAUGAAAAAAUGUUACUUAAGUAGUACGAUUUUUUCGCAUCGAUUUUCGAUAUACUUAUAAAGUUAAAUAUAUUUCAUAGAUGUCAUAAACAAAGGUGUUAAUUAUUUUACUUGUUUAAUAGAAAAUUGCGUCUCCUUUAAUUUUUUACUUGAAGGAAGUAUAAAAUCCGGUCUUAAAUGAUUUUUAAUCAUGAGAUUUUUUAGGACUGUGAAAAGACGUUCAUGAAACGUCGUGUCUCGGUAUCUACUAAUGUUGCUUGUAUAGUUUGCAAUAUGGAACAAAUCGACUGCUAAAUUUCACGAACUGCAUAAGAUGUCCUCCUAGUAGCGUAUAGAAGUGUAUGACAUUUCGUGGAAGGAGAAUGUACAGUUUUUAGUUUGGAAACCUUGACUGCAAGUGUAACGGCAAGCUGGAUUCAAAAUUAUUCAGAAAUUGGGACAGUUUUUUUAAAACAGAAUUAUGUCUUUUUUCAGGCACAAAAUUUUAAGAAGACGUUGUUUUCCAUUAAGCCAGUGAAAUUAUUAAUAUCUUCGUCCAUGAUAUCCGUGAAAUAUAUUUGUAUUUAUAAGUAUAUCGAAAAACAAUGCGGAAAAUUCGUGCUGCUUAAGUAAUAUUUUCUUACGAAGUGCACUUUUUUCAGGCGACCUGAAAGAAGUACAUUCAAAAGCCGGAGGCCCGCAGUAGCUGAAAUGUGACAGGAUUAUAUUGCGUAUUGAUUAAUACUACAACCCUAAUUAAGUAAUCUUUUGAGUUGAAAGCGCAUUUCAGAAAUCCGGUCAACUUUUCAUGAGUUAGCACACCUACUGUAGUGGGCGCAUGUCUGGUAUUGGUGAGCAUUUUUAACGAUCGAUGUUUGAUACUUGGUUAAUCGGCACCUUCCAACGAUAAUGUAACCUUACCUGUAUGACGCACGUAGACAAUUGUACCAUCCACAGCCUGUCGCUCUCAUGAAAAAUCAUCUUUGAAUUAUUUCGGACCGCCCGUCUUAUCGAAGCUGGCGGCCGGCAAACAGGUGGGAUAUCUUGGGGCCAGAGAUGCAUUGUGAGAGUAAUUUUGUCUGCAAAUCAACAAACUGAUUAAACGGCCUCGUUCAUUGGACAUGGCACGAUAUUUUCACGCUAACAUGGCAGAUGGCGUAGCGUUCUAAAGCCCAUGGUCCCACCUGUCUUCGCGGAGAACAGAAUUUUUGCUUUUCUAUCAAACCGUUCCGCGUCCUCCUCCACGAACACCCAGAUCUUUAAAAUUCCCCACACCUGAAAACGCCCAAAAUGGAAGGGAAUCACCCACAGAGAGGAUUGUACUGGCCGACUGGUGUUUUAAUCAGGACAAUCGGCUAUCGAUCUCCAAAAACUCCCCUUGUCCUCUGCAGAGCUGACAUUACAGAUACCCCGUUUGAACGGCCCAUAGGGCGUGAUACUGAUUCGGCCAAUGCAACCUGUGGGGUACUUGCAUUCAUAACUGUAGGCUGGAGCUGGGCUACGGCGUCUUGCCAGUUGGUGGGAAGUUCUUUUUGGACAGCCUUUCGCGUCCAGUAGGCAGUUGAUAUAAUCAAUUACAGGGGGAACGCAACGCACUCCCGCCACAUCCUCUCCCAGACAGUGGUGCGCGCCCUUUAAAGCGGCUUCUGGAGAUGGCCAACGCCAAAAAGAAUGUACUCAGCUUCGCUUCAUUGAUCUUUCUGGCAAAACAUAAUCCUUAGUAAAUGGGGACAAGUAGCGAUCACGACACCUAAUCCCCUUAGUUAAUAUUGAGCGCGGCGUUUACUCCAAGUGCGUAAACAUGCAGAACGACUUGUGUUUGUCUUCACUGUCUGCAGAGUGUUGGUUUUUCCAUCUCCUGGGAAGGAAGACACUUUCUCAAUCUGUUCUGGAAAGCGCAAUAGAAUGAUUCCUCUCUUCUUCUUCUUCUACUUCUUCUUCUUCUUCUUCUUCUUCUUCUGUUGAAUAACGCCUACAAAAACAAUAGGAGUAGGUGCGAAAUUUAUAUCGAAACUGUCCGCUGAUUGUCUAUCGAUGGGGUGCGUCAUCCCUCAGUUCAUGAUCAGCUGAAUUACAACGGUACUCAUGCGGACUGUCUGUACUUAAACCUUGAGUUCAGCAGUGACCAGGGGCCCUAGUUUCGCAGUCAUCGGUGUCUCAUGACUUUGUACUGCCCUUUGAUUACUCAUACCUUUUAUAAGAUAGUGUCAUUUUUGUCCUUUGUAGAAUAUCGCACACCGAGACAGAAACACUUUCGGAGACAUUUUUGGGCAGCCAGAUAUGAACAGUCUCUACACCUGCCUGGAUAGGGGGCAUCACCUGUCAGUGAACACGACUCCGCGAAAGAGCCUGGACAUGACGUACGCGCAUUCCAACAGUGGCAACAACAGCGACAUUUAUUCCUGCGUUGGUCGCAGUGUUCCGAUACGUCGCUCCCUUGGUGCUGAACAGUCGGCAAGAUAUUGGAAUCGAUGCACUUUUGACGAGCACAUCUGUGGUAGCAUAUAUGAGGGCAACGGAAAGAGCGAAUACUCCACAGAUGGGGGAUCCACUUAUAACUUUUUUGACAACAGUGACACCCAGAAAGCCACCAGUGAGAUCAAAGAUGGAGCCCCCGAGGACUUCUCAACGCAGGAAUUUGAGAUCAUUCAGGCCGACCGACAGCCGAGUCAUUCUGUAGAUCAAAACCAAGACCAAACUACCCCGCAAGAUUCACUCGGCAAUGUCGACGAACUGCAGAAUUACAUAGGCAUCUCCACGGGACCAGAAGAUAUUGUUGAGGCUCAGGUAAAUGGGACCUCCUAUUCCGGGCCCUCCAUGGUCUACCCUGAUAGUUCAUCCCAUAACUGCGAUUAUACCUCACCUUCAACGGACGCCUCACGGUUGGAUGUAUGUACCUGCAAAACGACUGAUUUCGCCUCAUUUCCUAAGGUCUCUAGAUAUUCAAGCGGACCCAACUCCCAUCAUUCUAUGUCAUUUGACGAUGCUCACUCCCGAAAUAUCGAUUACGCUGGCUACCAUGACAUAAGUCAACAACUUUCCUCCACAAGACUGAGCUCAGAACCAGGUGAUGGAAUUAAACCGGAAGAGGUGCCUACACAAGGUCCUAGAUCGAUUCUUAGGUCGGGUCCCCGUUUCAGGGAAGCACCCUUUUCACACAGCUGCGAAACACCUGGCCACGAGUCCUUUAAUCUAAUGCCUGAACGCAGGUUCUCGGUUAUGGAGCAGAUAGGUCAUUCCACGUCUUGUCUAAGCCUAUCAAAGCCUCGCUCCCUGCACUGCGACGACGGUACCGGCACGAUGGACCUUUCUGGUGUCGAGAACUUCCUCAUAGCUCCAGACGAGACUCAGCCCGAACAGGAAGUGUUUAACAACCAUGAAGAUGAUAUUACUGCGGUCGCACAGGAACUCGUGUCCUGUUACACCACUCCUCAGUACCACUGUUCCGCAACCAUGGCACGUUCGAACCGCCUUGCUAUUCUUGAUCAAGCUGAUUCUGGUUCAGCGCAAGUUGAUCGUCGCAAAUCCAGUUGCGAAAACCCACCUCUGGAUCGACUUUCCUUACAGGAUUCCACUACUGACUGUGAACCACGACGCCGUUUCGACUCAGAGAGUCUUCCACAGUCAGCGGCAGCAAGUACAUCCCUGGCCAGCACCUACAUAUGGUCUUCCCCCGAAUCGACUGCAUCACCCACAAACAGCCCUACCGGCCCGAAAGAAGUCAGCGCAAAGGCUCUGCUCUCCAAGAACCUGCCUCCCCUCUGUACACACAAGUGCAGCUUUCCUGGAUGCGUCAAAAGUUACUCAAAGAGCUCCCAUCUGAAGGCGCACUAUCGCAAGCAUACUGGGGAGAAGCCGUAUGUUUGCACCUGGGCUGAAUGCUCCUGGCGUUUUGCCCGCUCUGACGAGCUCACCCGACAUAAGCGCAAGCACACCGGCCAACGACCCUACACCUGCGACCAAUGUCAGAAGAGCUUCACGCGCAGUGACCAUCUCUCACUCCACCGGAAGAAACAUGCCGCUAAGCAGACUGUGUAG